GUACUCAGAGCCUGGGAGGCGGGCGGCUGGGGUGGCUGGGUGGCUGUCUCACUCCCAGCCCGCCCCGCACGGUCCGGGUGGUGGCUCCCUAGGGAUCCGUUGUCGGCAGUUCUGCGCCCUCUUCUGAGAUCCUGACUGAAUCGGUGCUUUAUACUAUCACUCAAUGCUCUCCGUAAAGCUGAGAUAUGCCCACUGUUGAGAGUGAAGCUAAAGUGAAGACCAAAGUUCGCUUUGAGGAGUUGCUUAAGGCCCACAAUGAUCUAAUACGUGAAAGAAAAAAAACGAAGAAAAAAAUUGUCCAAUCUGGAGAAAAAAUCUCACUUGAUGCUGUUACAAGCAGUCUUCAGAAAAUCAGGGAAACUGAAAGUGAUGCUAUAACUGCUGCUAACACUAAGAACCCAGAGAACAGUAAAACAGUAACUAAAACCAAACCAAGAGAUCCGCAGCCAGCAACUGAAGACCCAAAAAAUGAUGUUCGUGUGGAGGAUGACAAGCAAGAAAAGGCAAAUAAAAAGGUUACGAAAACCGCGCUCCAGGUGACUGCACGAGAGACGGAGCCAGAAGCUCCUGAGAAGGGAGAUGCGACGCCUCAGAAAGCGCGGACUAAGCCACAGCCAGGUGUGGCUCGUGACAAAGGUGGAAAGGCCAAGGAGGAAGGAGAAGACAGUGGUUUAGAUGAGGAACAGCUGAUGCAGGUAUACCAGCUCCAGGUAGCUGAAGAAAUGGCAAAGGAGAUUAAGAAGAAAAUCCGAAAGAAACUCAAGGAGCAGUUGUCUUACUUUCCCUUAGAUUCUUCAUUGCAUGAUGACAAAUUGAGUGGUGAAACACGAAAAAAGAAAAAAAAGAAAGUUCCCACCUUGUCUAAAUCUCAAACAAGUACAUCGAUCAUCUCUGAUGACCCAGUUGAAGGUGAACAAAAGAAAGAAUCUCCAGUUGGAGCAGUUACUUCAGAGACUCAUCAGGAUGAUGAUAUGAGCUCAAAGGAACAAAAUGUAGAAGACAACAUGCAAGAUGACACAAAACCCAGACUGAAAAAAAAGAAAAAGAAGGCUAAAACAGAUGAUAACGAAGAUACUGAUGGUGAUGGUGUUCAUGAAAUAACAAGCCGUGAUAGACCAGUUUAUCCCAAAUGUUUGCUUGAUGAUGACCUUGUCCUGGGAGUUUACAUUCACCGAACUGAUCGACUUAAGUCAGAUUUUAUGAUUUCUCACCCAAUGGUCAAAAUUCAUGUGGUUGAUGAGAAUACUGGUCAAUAUGUCAAGAAAGAUGAUAGUGAACGGCCUGUUUCAUCUUACUAUGAAAAAGAGAAUGUGGAUUAUAUUCUUCCUAUUAUGACCCAGCCGUAUGAUUUUAAACAGUUAAAAUCAAGGCUUCCAGAGUGGGAAGAACAAAUUGUAUUUAAUGAAAACUUUCCCUAUUUGCUUCGAGAUUUUGGUGAGAGCCCUAAAGUCAUCCUGUUCUUUGAGAUUCUUGAUUUCUUAAGCAUGGAAGAAAUUAAGAAUAACUCUGAAAUUCGAAACCAAGAAUGUGGCUUCCGGAAGAUUGCCUGGGCAUUUCUCAAGCUUCUAGGAGCCAAUGGAAAUGUAAACAUCAAUUCAAAACUUCGCUUGCAACUGUAUUACCCACCUACUAAGCCUCGAUCCCAGUCAAACGUUGUUGAGGUUUUUGAGUGGUGGUCAAAAUGUCCAAGAAAUCAUUAUCCAUCAACGUUGUAUGUAACUGUAAGAGGAUUGAAAGUUCCAGAAUGUGUAAAGCCAUCUUACCGUUCUAUGAUGGCUCUUCAGGAAGAAAAGGGUAAACCAGUGCACUGUGAGCGACACCAUGAACCAAGUUCAGUGGACAUAGACCCUGGAUUAGAGGAUUCAAAGGAAGUGGUGAAGUGGAAACGGUUGCCUGGGCAGGCCUGCCGUAUCCCAAACAAGCACCUCUUCUCACUAAAUGCAGGAGAGCGAGGAUGCUUUUGUCUUGCUUUCUCCCACAAUGGAAGAAUAUUAGCAGCAGCCUGUGCCAGCCGGGAUGGAUAUCCAAUUAUUUUAUACGAAAUUCCUUCUGGACGUUUCAUGAGAGAAUUGUGUGGCCACCUCAAUAUCAUUUAUGAUCUUUGCUGGUCAAAAGACGAUCGUUAUAUUCUUACUGCAUCAUCUGAUGGCACUGCCAGGAUAUGGAAAAAUGAAAUAAACAAUACAAAUACUUUCAGAGUUUUACCUCAUCCUUCUUUUGUUUACACGGCUAAAUUCCACCCAGCUGUAAGAGAGCUGGUGGUGACAGGAUGCUAUGAUUCUGUGAUACGUAUAUGGAAAGUUGAUAUGAGACAGGAUCCUGCCGUAUUGAUCCGACAGUUUGACAAUCACAAGAGUUUCAUCAACUCUCUCUGUUUUGAUAUUGAAGGUCACCACAUGUAUUCAGGAGACUGCACAGGGGUGAUUGUUGUUUGGAAUACGUAUGUCAAAGUCAAUGAUAUACAACACUCAGUGCGUCACUGGAGCAUAAACAAGGAAAUUAAAGAGAGUGAGUUUAAGGGAAUCCCGAUAAGUUACUUGGAGGUUCAUCACAAUGGAAAACGUUUAUUAAUUCAUACCAAAGACAGUACUUUAAGAAUUAUGGAUCUCCGAAUAUUAGCAGCAAGGAAAUUUGUAGGUGCAGCAAAUUAUCGAGAGAAGAUUCAUAGCACUUUGACACCAUGUGGGACUUUUCUCUUUGCUGGAAGUGAGGAUGGUAUAGUAUAUGUUUGGAACCCAGAAACAGGAGAGCAAGUAGCAAUGUAUUCUGACCUACCAUUCAAGUCACCAGUUCGAGACAUUGCUUAUCAUCCACUUGAAAAUAUGGUUGCAUUUUGUGCAUUUGGGCAGAAUGAGCCAAUUCUCCUAUAUAUUUAUGAUUUCAAUGUUGCCCAGCAGGAGGCUGAAAUGUUCAGACGCUACAAUGGAACCUUUCCAUUACCUGGAAUACACCAAAGUCAGGGUGCUUCAUGCACCUGCGCUAAACUGCCUCAUCAAGGAUCCUUUCAGACUGAUGACUAUGUCCCCACUGAACAUUCUUCAAUGAAGAUGCAACAAGUGAAACAGAAAAUCGAUUCUGUCACAAGCCAGCACUGUGCUACCGCUGCAACAUCACCUACAAGGCUCUGCAACCCAGCGAAGACCUCACAGGAGGUGAUACAAGCCUGUGCAGCGAAGGUCAACAAAAAUCUCUCAUUCACUUCGACAGCAGCCUCCUCACAGCAGUCUAAGUCAAAACAAUCAAACGUGCUGGGCGCUCAUCAGAUUCUGCGUCAGUUCGGUUUUACUCAAACCGGGAUUAUGAGCAUAGAAAGAAAGCCUUGUAACCACCGUGCAGAUACAGCACCAACGGUAGUGGCUCUUUAUGACUACACAGCGAAUCGAUCAGAUGAACUAACCAUCCAUCGCGGAGACAUUAUCCGAGUGUUUUUCAAAGAUAAUGAAGACUGGUGGUAUGGCAGCAUAGGAAAGGGACAGGAAGGUUAUUUUCCAGCUAAUCAUGUGGCUAGUGAAACACUCUAUCGAGAACUGCCUCCGGAGGUAAAGGAGCGAUCCCCUCCUUUAACCCCUAAGGAGAAAGCCAAAAUGGAAAAAGCUCUUCCAGCUCCGCAGAAGCAGUCAUUCAAGUCCCAGGAUUUCAGACUGAACUCAGAGUCUUUGGCACAUUCUGAAGCGGGCAGAGAACAGAGCCAGGAGGACCGAGGACAUGUCAUGGACACGCAGGGGAAGGAGACGGAGCAAACCAGCCGGAAAGUCACCCUCAUCGAGUGCCUGUGGAUUCUUGAAACAUGUCUACAUUGUCAUUACAAGUUUUUCUUGUCGCUGAUUUAUAGUAUCAGCAUGAAUAAUCAUCUGGCCUUCAUCCUAGCAAGAAUAAAAAGAUAUGGGGUGGUUGUCAAAAAGACUGCCCUCGUCCCCACACAACUCCUCAAUCCAUCCACCAUGCAAGUUCCAGAGACUGCUGGAGAGAAAACCAUGCAGAUGGCUGUCUGUCUGGACUCUACACAAAUUCAGCCCCUCCAGGGGGACUCCCCAAGUGACUAA